CGGAGGCGCUGUACAGAAAGCAGCGUGUAUACCCGUCCAAGAGAGAACAUCUGUUCUAAUCUGCUUUGCAUCGACCGGUAUCGGCAAGUUUACUUUGCGUCAUGUCAACUGUACUGCUGCUGAUCGCGUCGACGCUUCUGCUCGUCGAGUCUUCGCUCGCACAGAACUGCACGGAAGCUGGCCAUGUCUGUCUUCCAAGCUUGCUUUGUCCGUCAGCAAACCGACAGGACUUCACCGGCUGCGAACCAGGGGUUUGCUGCGAGGAAUUAAUGAAGACCUGCGCUGAACUUGGUGGGGAGUGCAUUCCGAUGUUCCAGACUUGCGCUGGCCAAACCCAACUGACCCGCGGUUGCCCACUUCUCAAGAAAUGCUGCGUUCCUCAGUAGAGACGGCUCUUUCGUCCAGGUCAUCGAAUU